AUGGCACAGUGGCAGCGGCUUCUGCUAGCGCUGUGGACAGUUAUGGCUGCCCAGGCUGGGGACAAGCCACUCAAUGUCUGCAUGAACGCCAGACACCACAAGAGAGAACCUGGCCCAGAAGACAAACUCUUCAUGCAGUGUGCCCCUUGGAAGGACAAUGCCUGCUGCACAUCCAUGACAAGCUGGGAGGCCCACCGCACAGAGAUACACCUCCACAACUUCAGUUUGAUUCACUGUGGAUUGCUGACCCCAAGCUGUCAGAGGCACUUCACCCGGGCCACCUGCUUCUAUGAGUGUUCCCCUAACCUGGGGCCUUGGAUCCAUCUGGUGGACCCUCAGGGUCUGGAGGAGCGGGUUUCCGGCAUCCCGUUGUGCCGGGAAGACUGUGAAGAGUGGUGGGCCGACUGCAGCAGUUCUUACACCUGCAAAUCCAACUGGCAUGGAGGCUGGGACUGGAAGCAAGGGGAAAGCCGUUGCCCAGCAGGGGCCCGUUGCCGCCCUUUCCCUGACUACUUUCUCACCCCCGCGGACCUGUGUGAGAAGAUCUGGGGCAAUACCUUUCAGGCAAGCCCUGAGCACAGGAGCAGUGGGCGCUGUCUCCAGAAGUGGUUUGAGCCUGGUCAGGACAACCCCAAUGUAGCUGUGUCCCACCAUUUUGCCAGUCCUGCCCCAGCCAGCGAGCACUCCUGCACCCUCAUGGCCUUCUGCCUGUUCUUGUGGGUCUUCUCCUGA